AAAGUAUCAUCAUCUUCACAAAAAAACAAAGGAUUGUCAUAUCCUCAGUAUAUUGUACUACACUAAUGCUAAUACACAUUUACACACCUCAAACCUCAGGAUUUUUUGGCUCUUCCUAACGGUUUCAUGUAAAAAACACCCUUGUCCCUGGUGUGCCCUGGAAGCAGGAAUGUAAACACGACGCUGAGAGUUCACAAAGUUCCCACAAUUCCACACAUACCUGUGUGUAGUUCAGUGGAUUUCCUCUUAAACAUAGCAGACAUAGUUGAGUUUGUGUCGUCAGCCCAUACAGAGCCUGAGAGCAACCUCGGUAAGAGCAGGCCAUUACUCACAUUACUCAUCCACACCACAAUUCACACUGUAAAAUCAGUUUAAAACACAACAUUCAGAAAAGAAGAAUGUAAUGAAGAAUGUUAAGGGAAUAUAAUGAGACGGCGUGAUCCCUCUCAUUUACAUUUUCACAAUGUUUUACCUGUGGUAGUCAGCAGGCCAAUUGUACCAUUUGCAAUGUGGACAAACAGCAACCACCGCAUUUCUGGCAUGCCUGUGUCACUAUUUGUGGCACAAGAACUUUCUUUUCAUCAUUUCAAGUCACUUCAACCAGACAGAGUAGCUCACCUGACCCGGCAAAGGGAACGAACUGGGAACGUCUUUGCUCUGGUGGAAGCAGAUAUUCUAGUGACAAGGGGUUCCUGAGCAGUUCUCAUGAUGGCAGAUCACGGUGACCCUUGCACUGGGUCAGAGGAGUUCUACUGCAUGAAUGGAGGAAAGUGCUUUAAAAUUCCCUCUGUGUCCACACCUACCUGUGUGUGUGGAGACAACUUUAAAGGUAGCCGAUGUGAGCAGUUCCAGCUGCUGUCCAUUUCACCCAACAGUGAGGAGAAAGGCAUGAUUGCUGCUGUGAUCAUCAUACUUAUUCUCAUCAUGAUAAUGCUGGCUGUUGUUAUCUACUACAUCUGCAAGAUUAAAAAGAGGUCAGCUGAAAACAAAAGAAAGCAGCAAAAGAACAAUAAAGGAUAUUGGAAUGUGCAAUCAAAGGCUACACUGACAGAACCAUGAACAGCAUUAGGAAAAUAAACUGAAAUAGUAUGAUUGAGCUUCAUACUUAAAGAAUGUGAGUUUCCAAAAAGCACCCUCUGGUGGAGGCAUUGUAUAAUGCACAAUGACUCUGACUCCAAUCUUUCUGAUUUAUCUUUCUUAAGAUUUCAAAGAAAAGUUGUAAAUAGUUAUUUUUCAGUUUACAGUUUUUAAACAAAUCUAAAAUGUUUAAGUUAGAUAUAAAAUAGAAUAAGUGAUGAGACGUAAGACAUUUAGGGACAGAGUUAUUAUAUUCUAUGAAAAAAGGAUAGCUUACAUUUCAAAGUUACGUCUUGUUCUUUUUGAUCUACUGCCAGCAAAUAUUUAAAAAAAGUAUCAGUGACUGUUGUGUCUUUGAGACGUUUUCUUCUAAGGACUCUUUCAUGCAGGACAUAUUUGUGCAGGUGUGGCUGCACAGUAGAACAAUGCACCUAUUCUUUAGAGUCUGCAUAGUCUCCCCUAAUCUUUCACAAUCAAACAAGGUUUUGAUUAAUCUUUCUAUCAACCUUACUAACAUUACUUUUAAAAGUUUUUUUGGUCUCCAAAACCUCAGCUUGGACUUCCACCAUUUCUAUUAACCGACAUUACAAUGGCUACUUGAAAUAUUUACUCUUAUUUUUACCUUUUAGUGAUUUGUGGUCAUCAUUUAUAGUAAUAGUUAAUAGUUUUAGACAACAGUUUAAAGGAGACCAUGGCUGCUGAUCACUAGGAUGAGGUUUGCAGAGUCAAGAGUAUUUAAAUCUUUUAAAAAUGGCAUCAUCUGGCCUUUUCUAAUGAUGACUGCAAACAAGCCAUUGCCCACACAAACUAAAAAAUAUCUCAGACCCUGGAAAAGUGAGAGUUCAAAUCUAGCUUGGUGCACAAACAUUUGCAAAGUGCUCCUAUAUUUAUUUUUCUAUCCUAUUCUCACCAGAAGCACAAGAAAAAAAAAGUAGAAUCUAGAUUUUCCUUGAGCCUAAAUUAUCACGCACAUACUUAACCCUAGAACCCAAGUUUACACGUGUUUAAUCCUACAUACCGGUAUACAAUACAAUAUUUGUCUCACAAUUUGUGCAUGAUGUUGUUUAGACGGUUGUAUUACGGAUGUAUUAUUAACAGCUUUGUUUAAGACAACAAAUGGUAUGUGACUAAUAUAGAUAUCGUCAGAUACUCAAUGUUGCAAAAAUGGUAAAGUGCCAACAUUCCACUAAUCCUAAUUCAAUUUGUCGCUCAACAAUAUAAUGGAAACAUAUCUGUACAUUUUGAACUCACCAAAACACAUAAACAUGACGCUAUUGUACCACUAAGAAAACACCCUGCGAAUACAACACUCUGUAAUUAACUAUAUAUUGUAUAUUUGUUUUAAGCUUUAAUGAAGAAAAAAAAGUUAAACAGUGUUUAUUUA